UCUCUUUAUAUUUCUGUCUUGAUCUCUUUGAGGCUCUGAUCCUGCUCUUCUCUCCUUCACGCAUUUCCUUCCUGUCUAUUUCUCUCUGUCUCUGUCUGUUCCUCUGUGUGUGAAUCUUUCUUUUCCUCUCCCAGCCAGAGUCUCUCUCUACUCCUCCCUCCCUCUCUGCCUCUCUGUCUGGGCCUCUCUCUUCCUCCUCCCUCCUCCCUCCCCCUUCUGCAUUAUCAGACCUGCUCCAACCUCCUCCCAGAGCCAGCCUAGCGGCAGAGGCAGUGGCAGCAGGAGAGGUGGGAGCAACUGGGGCAGCAGCAGCACUAGGUCGGGGUAUCAAGUCCAGGCUGAGUUGGGGACAGGCUACGGCUCUUGGUCCCCGUGCCUACCGGGCCAGGCACCCCGCCUGGCACCCCGGGCAGGGUGGACAGGGCGAGGUGCCACCUUAGUCUGGCUGGGGAGGCAGACGAUGAGGAGCGAUGGGGCAGGCAUGCGGCCACUCCAUCCUCUGCAGGAGCCAGCAGUACCCGGCAGCGCGACCGGCUGAGCCGCGGGGCCAGCAGGUCUUCCUCAAGCCGGACGAGCAGCCGCCGCCGCCGCCGCCGCCGCAGCCAUGCGCCGACAGCCUGCAGCCAGCCGGGACCUCCUUGCCCAGGAGCCAGUGCCCCCAGGGAGUAUUGCCAGCGGACUGGAGGAUGCUUUGCUGAGCCUGGGCUCCGUCAUCCACAUAGCGGGCUUCCGGCAGGCUGUCAAGGAGGCCCUCUCGGCUGUGCUCCCCAAAGUGGAGACUGUCUACACCUACCUGCUGGAUGGGGAGUCCCGGCUGGUGUGUGAAGACCCCCCUCAUGAGCUGCCCCAGGAGGGGAAAGUCCGAGAGGCUGUGGUCUCCCGGAAGCGGCUGGGGUGCAGCGGACUGGGCCCCACAGACCUGCCCGGGAAGCCGCUGGCCAGGCUGAUGGCUCCACUGGCUCCUGACACCCAAGUGCUGGUCAUGCCGCUCGUGGACAAGGAGGCUGGGGCUGUGGCAGCUGUCAUCUUGGUGCACUGUGGCCAGCUGAGCGACAGUGAAGAGUGGAGCCUGCAGGCGGUAGAGAAGCAUACCCUGGUGGCCCUGCGAAGGGUGCAGGCCUUGCAGCAGCGCGGGCUCGGCGCGGCCUCCGAAGCGGUCCAGAACCCCCCGGCGGCGGCGGCGGCGGCGGCGGCGGCGGCGGCGGCAGACCAGAAGGGCGGCGUCGCGUACACCGACCAGGACCGGAAGAUCCUACAGCUGUGCGGGGAACUCUACGACCUGGACGCCUCUUCCCUGCAGCUCAAAGUCCUCCAAUACCUGCAGCAGGAAACCCAGGCAUCUCGCUGCUGCCUCCUGCUGGUGUCCGAGGACAAUCUCCAGCUUUCCUGUAAGGUCAUUGGAGAUAAAGUGCUACAGGAGGAAACCAGCUUUCCGCUGACAACAGGGCGCCUGGGCCACGUGGUGGAAGAUAAGAAGUCUAUCCAGCUGAAAGAUCUCGCCUCUGAGGAUGUGCAACAGCUACAAAGCAUGUUGGGCUGUGAGCUGCAGGCCAUGCUCUGCGUCCCUGUCAUCAGCCGGGCCACUGACCAGGUGGUGGCCUUGGCCUGCGCCUUCAACAAGCUUGGAGGAGACCCGUUCACGGACCAGGAUGAGCGUGUGAUCCAGCACUGCUUCCACUACACGAGCACUGUGCUCACCAGCACCCUGGCCUUCCAGAAGGAGCAAAAGCUCAAGUGUGAGUGCCAGGCUCUUCUCCAAGUAGCAAAGAACCUCUUCACUCACCUGGAUGAUGUCUCUGUCCUGCUCCAGGAGAUCAUCACAGAGGCCAGAAACCUCAGCAAUGCUGAGAUCUGCUCCGUGUUCCUGCUGGACCAGAAUGAGCUGGUGGCCAAGGUGUUCGAUGGGGGUGUGGUGGAUGACGAGAGCUACGAGAUCCGCAUCCCGGCUGACCAGGGCAUUGCAGGCCACGUGGCAACCACCGGCCAGAUCCUGAACAUCCCAGACGCUUACGCGCACCCGCUUUUCUACCGCGGCGUGGACGACAGCACGGGCUUCCGCACGCGCAACAUCCUCUGCUUCCCCAUCAAGAACGAGAACCAGGAGGUCAUCGGUGUGGCCGAGCUGGUGAACAAGAUUAACGGACCAUGGUUCAGCAAAUUCGAUGAGGACUUGGCGACAGCCUUCUCCAUCUACUGUGGCAUCAGCAUAGCCCAUUCCCUCCUAUACAAGAAAGUGAAUGAGGCCCAGUAUCGCAGCCACCUAGCCAACGAGAUGAUGAUGUACCACAUGAAGGUCUCUGAUGAUGAAUACACCAAACUCCUCCAUGAUGGAAUCCAGCCUGUGGCUGCCAUUGACUCCAACUUUGCCAGUUUCACCUACACCCCUCGCUCUCUGCCCGAGGAUGACACUUCCAUGGCCAUUCUGAGCAUGCUGCAGGACAUGAAUUUCAUCAACAACUACAAAAUCGACUGCCCGACUCUGGCCCGGUUCUGUCUGAUGGUGAAGAAGGGCUACCGGGAUCCCCCCUACCACAACUGGAUGCACGCCUUUUCUGUCUCCCACUUCUGCUACCUGCUCUACAAAAAUCUGGAGCUCUCCAACUACCUCGAGGACAUCGAGAUCUUCGCCUUGUUUAUUUCCUGCAUGUGUCAUGACCUGGACCACAGAGGCACAAACAACUCCUUCCAGGUGGCCUCGAAAUCUGUGCUGGCUGCGCUCUACAGCUCCGAGGGCUCUGUCAUGGAGAGACACCACUUCGCUCAGGCCAUCGCCAUCCUCAACACCCACGGUUGCAACAUCUUCGACCACUUCUCCCGGAAGGACUAUCAACGUAUGCUGGACCUGAUGCGGGACAUCAUCUUGGCCACCGACCUGGCCCAUCACCUUCGCAUCUUCAAAGACCUCCAGAAGAUGGCUGAAGUCGGUUAUGACCGGAACAACAAGCAGCACCACAGCCUCCUCCUCUGCCUCCUUAUGACCUCCUGUGACCUCUCUGACCAGACCAAGGGCUGGAAGACGACCAGGAAGAUUGCUGAGCUGAUCUACAAAGAGUUCUUCUCUCAGGGAGACUUGGAGAAGGCCAUGGGCAACAGGCCGAUGGAGAUGAUGGACCGGGAGAAGGCCUACAUCCCUGAGCUGCAGAUCAGCUUCAUGGAGCACAUCGCAAUGCCCAUCUACAAGCUGCUUCAGGACCUGUUCCCCAAGGCGGCAGAGCUGUACGAGCGCGUGGCCUCUAACCGUGAGCACUGGACCAAAGUGUCUCACAAGUUCACCAUCCGCGGCCUCCCGAGCAACAACUCGCUGGACUUCCUGGACGAGGAGUAUGAGGUGCCUGACCUGGAUGGCACCAGGGCCCCCGUCAACGGCUGCUGCAGCCUUGAUGCUGAAUGAGCCCUGCCCCAGGACCCUUCCAUGCCCAGGCCUCCUCUUAACAGCCCGGCACUGGCUUGGCCCGGGUGUACUGGGACCAGAGCCACAGGUCCUAGGUUCUAAUCCAGGACUUAACCGUGCGACCCUGGGCAAGCACUGACCUUCCUGGGCCUCAGCUUUCUUGUCUGUAUAAUGGAAGCAAGACUUCCAGCCUCACCAAGACUUUGUCAUUUGCCCUCUGAGAGCACGGGGGGACCGAGAAGCAGUGGGACCUGCUCUGCGACCCUGACCACAUCUUGGCAAGUCCUUCUGAGGCAGCCUGGAUGGUUUCUUCUGGGCCCCAUUCCUGCCUCACCUGAUCUGGCCCUCUUCCCGCUUUCAGGGUUCUCCUGCAAGGAGGAGGUGGGACAUCUCAGUGAGCAGGGAGUGGGUCUUAGAAACGGUCAUUAA